GCCUGCAUCUCGCCCAAGGCCAUCGUCGUCUGCGCCCACCGCUGUCGCCGAGAUGGCCACCAACGCCAGCAGCGGCCCCGUCAGGCGAAACACCACACUCAAAAUCCUCCAAUCGACCAAAAAUAUCGGCUUUGCAGCUGGAAUAUGCUUUCUCAUCAACGGAAUGACUGGCCCCGGCUUGGUUCAGACCACAGCCAUGUACCAGAGCGCCGGGUGGAUCCUGCCCACGUUCUGCUACAUCCUGUUUGCUGUUGUCUCGGGCAUGUCGGUGCUGUUCAUCAUGGAGGCGAUGCAGAAAAUCCCCGGCAACAAGCACUUCCAGGGCGUUGUCGAGUACGCCACGCUCUUCAACUUCUACUUUGACAAACCUCUACACAUAACGAGCCAGUUCCUGCUCUACGGCGCCCUCAUGUCGAACGCCGUCCAAUGUAUUGUCCUUGUUGCUCAGAGCAUCGACAACAUGCUCGUCGACAUUUUCAAGUUUUCUUGGGGCGUCUCUUGGUCCCUCAAGUCCAUCGUGGUUCACCAGAGCGGACAGGGCCCAUCUCCGUUCAAUGACUAUAUGAUCCUUACUCUGGGGUUGCUGGUUGUCUUGGCAUUCACGAUUCCCUUUCUUUUCUUGUCCCUCGGAGACAACAUCAAUCUGCAAUUUGUCUUUGCCAUCCUCAGUGGCGUGAUCGUCCUGGUCUGGCUUGGACUCAGUGCCAGGAUGAUUGUACUCCGGGGCUUCGAGCAGCAACUCGAGCAAAACGUGCCUCUCUUCAGCUUGUCUGGCGUCGGAAAUGUGAUGGGUCCUGUGCUGCUCAAUCUGGCUUUCACGCAAGUCGUGCCCUCCUGGGUGAAUCUGAAGCGCGCCGAUGUCAAGCCCCACACGACCAUCACCACGUCACUGUACAUCGCCACGGCCCUGUAUAUCUUGGUUGGAUUUUUCCCCGCGGUCGCCUUCAGCAAUGUCUCCGACUCGAUUAUCCCGCCGCUGACGACUCCUCAGCCUGGAUUUCCGGCCUCGGCUGUGAUCGCCAAGAUCAGCGCAUAUGCAUACACCUUGAUUAUGCUCUUGCCGGGUAUCCCCGUGUUCAUGGUUGUGCAGUACGAUAAUUUUUGCCAGAAUCAAAUCAUGGGAAAGACACUCUCUGGAUUCAUGUGCUUUGUGCUUCCGUGGAUCGCUGUCGCUGCAAUCCCGCUCCAGACAAGCGGCGUGAUCUUCGGGCUGUUCCUGAACUGGACUUCGGCCAUUUUCGUCAGUGCAGCAAACUUUAUCCUUCCGUUUCUUGUGUAUCUCCGAUGCCAUCAGUUCCGCAAGAAAUACGAAGAGUCUCGAGGUAGUUUUAGCCGUGAUGCGUGGGGUCAUCUGGCGCGAACGAUCAUCUGAAGCAUCUGACUGGGAUGUUAUCUGCGCGCGUCCUCCGAAUCGGUUGAUACCCACCAGCCUUGGAGAGAAAACACUGACUUGAAUGCGAAUCGAUCUAACUUUCUG